AUGUCGGUAGGUGGAAAAAAUGAAGGGCGCGCCUCGAGAGGUGACGGCAUCUUCCCAACCACCGCCACCGCCUCCACCGCCGCCCCGACCACGACGCUGGUGUUUUGUUUGAAAUUCAGGAGGCGACCUCACGGGCGUCCACAAGGCUCCUCAGCUCACCGGCUGCGCUACGCUGAGAGGGGGUCUCGCCGCAGGGGCUCGGGGCCCAGAACGGUGUCCGCAGCCGGAGAAGAAGUAGCAUCACCACGGCGCGCCAAGGCGGCAGCAGCGGUCGCUGCGAGGGCGUCGUCCGAUGCUCUGGCGUCUCCGGCGGCAGAAGAGCCCGCCGCAGCUUCCGAAAACAGCAUCGUGGAAGGCAGCAAAGUGGAGGAGGUGAACAAAGGGACCGGCAUCGGCGACGACGUUGACAACAACCUAACGCCCAGCAGCCAGCCUGAUUACCAGAGUGGGGCUCAAAGUGUGAGGCGGUCGAACGUGGCGAAGAACAGGAACGGCGACGAGCCCGUUGUGACUAGAGACGGGGACAGGACACUCGAUGGUGUGACAGGUGACUCUGGGAAGGACGGGGACGGUGUGGAUCUGACGAGUAGCAACGGAGGGGAGAACGGCGAGAAAGCUUCAACCGAAAACAACAAAGUACCUGCGUCUGCUGAGACUGACAUAAACAACAAUGACCUACCGGCCCCUUCCGGAGGGAUAUCUCACAGUGCUGACACUGAGAGACCACAAGUUUAUACGACUGUCGAUAUCAGAUCUUCUGCAGCCGAAGGAGUCGAAGGCUUCACUCGCCACGACUCGAGUGCCACUCCAAAAACGAUGAACGGUGAAAGCGACAACAAAAGUAAAGACACAAAUGCAGAGAACGUGGAAUCAUCUACAGAGAAGCGUAAGGCGGGUGAAAAAGGAUCACAAUCAAAAACCAAUGAAGACGCUCCUACAGAAGGAAAGGAAGAGACUGGCGGGAACGGUGGACGUGGAGACGGAGCGGCGGCCGGUCGCAGCGGGGCCAACGGCGGCAGGAACGGCCUCAGGCUGAGAGGACCUGGCGCGCGCCUGCACAACGCCACCUUCCUGGCGUCGCUGGACCUCAGCUGCCUGGUGUCUCGCAGGGCGCACGGGCUGCUCAGGGCGCCGGACCUGCCCCACGCCUCGCUGCUCAAGUACUCCAGGGUGCGCAGUCCGGUGUCGCCGUUCAACCGCUACCUGGUGGCGCUCUACCGCUGCGAGGAGGGCCACACGCUGCGCCAGCCGCGCCACGACCGCCUCUUCUGCUCGCGCCAGCGCUGGCUCGGCGACCCGCCGGACUGCCAGCCCGUCGCUGCCGCCACCACCAGCGAACCUCAGCCACUGGCUCCCACCACCGCGCCGCCUGACCUCGAGGCUGCGGCUGCCGUCGCCACCACCAGGGACGCAGACGCCACCACCACCACCACCACCACCACCACCACAGUCGGCACCACCAUUACCACAGCCGGUCUUCCUGCGGGCGGCGAGCCUUCCUCAGCGCCACCAGAGGACGCCUGCGGCCCGGAACGCGGCGGCUGCGAGCACGUUUGUACCGACGUGGAGGGACGCGCCGUCUGCUCCUGCUACCGCGGCUUCCUGCUCUCCGAUGGCGCCUGCACCGACGUGGACGAAUGCAUCGCGGACAAUGGCGGCUGCGAGCAGCAGUGCGUGAACACUGCCGGCUCCUUCAGCUGCGCCUGCAAGGAGGGUCUGCGACUCGCCGCCGACGGCAAGCACUGCCUCGACGUGAACGAGUGCCUGCUGCGGAACGGGCACGGGCCGUGCCAGGACCGGUGCGAGAACGAGUGGGGCGGCUACCGGUGCUCGUGCGAGGGCCUGCCCGGCACGCGGCUCGCCGCCGACGGCCACACGUGCGAGGACGUGGACGAGUGCGCCGACGGCUCGGCCGGCUGCUCGCACGGCUGCCUCAACACGCUGGGCAGCGCCUUCUGCCUCUGCCCGCCCGGGUUCAUCCUCGGCUCCGACUGGAAGACCUGCCAGGACAUCGACGAGUGCGCGGAGGGCGGCGACGCGGGCUGCCUGCACGGCUGCCACAACUUCCCCGGCGGCUUCCGCUGCGCCUGCCCGACCGGCUACCAGCCCGCCGAGGCCGCCACUGCGCAGCCGCAGGACAGCGACGUCGCCGCCGACGACCAGCAGCGCUGCGUCGACGUCGACGAGUGCGCCGCCGACAGCGCCGAGGUAGACGGCGGGUCGUGCUCGCACGAGUGCAGCAACAGCGAGGGCAGCUUCUCGUGCUCGUGCCCGGCCGGCUUCGUGCUCGGCUCGGACGAGCGCACCUGCCGUGACGUCGACGAGUGCGAGUCCGGAGAGGCGCGCUGCGCGCAGGACUGCCUCAACACCAUCGGCAGCUUCAGCUGCGACUGCGCCGACGGCUUCCGGCUGGCCGACGACCAGCGCUCCUGCAGGGACGUCGACGAGUGCUCCGCCGACGAGGAUAUCUUCCCCGGCGAGACGCGCUGCUCCCACCGCUGCGUCAACACGGAAGGCUCUUUCAGCUGCCAGUGCCCUGCAGGGUUUGUGCUCGGAGAAGACUCCAGAACGUGUAAUGACCUCGACGAGUGCCUCGGUGAGCACAACUGUUCCCACGAGUGUAUCAACGAAGAAGGUAGCUAUAGAUGUGGAUGUCCCGAUGGACAGCUGCUCAAAAGGGAUCGUAGAACAUGUGAAUUGGAGGAAAACUGUUUCAGUAAGAUGGACGAUGGCUCUGGUAGACUGUGUACGCAAGAGUGUGUGGGGGACGAUGGGGAUAUUAUCUGCAAGUGUCUACCUGGAUACGUUCUUUCAGACGGUGAAAGCAGGUGUGAUGACGUAAAUGAGUGUGCGGGCGAAGCGAAAGACGUUUGUUCCCACAACUGCACCAACAUUCCAGGAGGUUUCGUGUGUAUUUGUCCAGAGGGAUAUAUCUUGUCAAAGGACCACAGAACGUGCAUAGAUGACGACGAAUGUGACAGCAACGAAACGGAGCUAGGUUGUUCUCACGGCUGUGUCAACACCGAAGGCAGUUUCCGAUGCACCUGUCCGGCUGGUUUCGUGCUGGACAGCGAUUUGUUGAACUGUAAGGACAUAGACGAGUGCUCCGAGUUCGAACGCAAUGAAAAUGCCUCUGGAUGCUCCCACGAGUGUGUUAACGAUCAUGGCAGCUUCCACUGCACUUGUCCUCCGGGCCUGAUACUCGGCGACGACUUACUGUCUUGCAAGGACAUAGACGAAUGCAUGGAUCUCGAGGGCAGUGGGGCAGAAGUUGUCUGCGAACACGGCUGCGUUAACGAGCACGGCAGCUUCAGGUGCACGUGCUUUAAAGGAUUCGCGCUUGCUGAUGACAAACGGAGUUGCGAAGAUGUAGACGAGUGCGCAGAAGGCAAUUCUCACGGUUGCUCUCAUAUUUGUGCUAAUACUGCUGGGAGCUACCAGUGCAAGUGCCCAGCGGGGUACUACGUGGGCGACGACAACAAAACAUGCGAGGAUAUUGACGAAUGUAAUGAAGAGAGCGGUGAAAUUGUCUGCUUACACUCUUGUAUUAAUUUGCCUGGGAGCUACAAGUGUUCGUGCCCAAUGGGGUACCACCUUCAACGUGACACGGGAGUCUGCGAAGAUAUCGACGAGUGCGAGGCGUACAAGAAAAUAGGAGCAGACGAUGGUUGCAGCCACGACUGUAAGAAUGUGCCAGGGUCCUAUAAGUGCGAAUGUCCAGCCGGAUUUACGCUGUCUGGCAAUCUACGCACUUGCGAAGACAUUGAUGAAUGCAACAACUUCAUAAAUAAUCCCUGCUCCCACGAGUGCAAAAAUUUGCCGGGAAGUUUCUUAUGCUUGUGUCCAGAAGGCUGCCCUGAGGGAUACGUCCUUGAUAAAAAGGACUCCAGGACGUGUGUUGAUUCUGAUAUUUGUCGAACCAACGAAAAGAAGACUUUGUGUUCGCACUUAUGCGUAAGUCUUGAUGGGAGCUACAAGUGUGCUUGUCCUGAAGGGAUGGUUUUGGACGGUGAUCAAAGCACGUGCAUCGACGAGAAAGAAUGUGCUGUACCGGGCGACGAACUGGACGAGGGCUACGAACGAUGCUGGAGGCAGUGCGGCGAUUCAGAGGGCCAGCUGGUGCACUGCGAGUGCAGCGACGGCUACCGGUGGGACGGCGAGGCGCGGCAGUGCACGGACGUGGACGAGUGCGCGCCGGGCGGCGCCGGCAGGCAGCGCUGCUCGCACGAGUGCGUGAACCGGCCGGGCGGCUACGCGUGCCGCUGCCCCGCGGGCCUGCAGCUGACGCACGACGGUCACGCGUGCCUCCCCACCGGCUGCCUGCACCACAACGGCGGCUGCUCGCACCUCUGCGCCGACACCGACCUCGGGGUGCAGUGCUACUGUCCGCCGGGCUACCGCCUGCUCGAGGACGACCACAAGACCUGCGUCGAGGUGGACGAGUGCCUGGUGAACAACGGCGGCUGCUCCCACGAGUGCCGCAGUACCCUGUCCGGAGUGGAGUGCUCCUGUCCAGACGGAUACGAACUGCGGACUCCGACCACGUGCCACGACGUAGACGAGUGCGCCCUGGACGACGAGGAGGAGGAUGACGACGACGACGAUGACGACGACGACGAAUAUGUUGGCGGCGGCUGCUCCCAAUUAUGUGUCAAUACGGAAGGCAGCUACCGCUGCGAGUGUCUCCCAGGCUACCGGCUGUCGGAACAGAACGGACGAGAAUGCCGCGACGUCGACGAAUGUGCUCACGGGAACGCCUCGACAGGUGGAGGGCCUCCGUGCUCCCACGGAUGCGUCAACACGGAAGGCAGCUACCGGUGCGAGUGUCCGGAGGGAUUCCAACUCGACGGAGGCAGGCACAACUGCAUCGACAUCGACGAGUGUGAGAGCGACGAGAGGGGGAACUGCAGUUACUUCUGCGUCAACACGGCGGGCAGCUACCGCUGCGAGUGCCCCGACGACUGGACUCUUUCGUCGGACGGCCAGACCUGCCUGAGGGCUUCUAGAACGUGCGCCGUGCGUAACGGCGGCUGCUCGCACUACUGCGUGGACAUCGGCGGCGGCGUGCGCUGCGAGUGUCCCGAGGGCUUCGCGCUCUCGGACGGAGGCCGGCAGUGCAACGACGUGGACGAGUGCGCGCCCGGCGGCGUCGGCGGCGGCUGCUCGCACCGCUGCGUCAACACGGUGGGCAGCUUCCGGUGCGAGUGCCCCGGCGGGGGACCGCUUGCGGCUGACGGGCGCACGUGCGCGGGACCGUGCCACAGCCUGGCCGAGCCCUGCUCGCACGCCUGCGAGGUGGUGGGCGGCGCAGCGCGCUGCACCUGCCCCGACGGCUACGUGCUCGCCGGCGACGGCCGCUCCUGCGACCUCAACGAGUGCCUCUCGCCGGGCCGCACCGGCUGCUCGCACGGCUGCGUCAACACCGACGGCGGCUUCCGCUGCGAGUGUCCCGCCGGCUUCGUACUCGGGUCUGACGGUCGCACUUGCGAAGAUGUGGAUGAGUGCCUGUCCUCGAAUCACGGAUGCCAGCAGCUGUGCGUCAACACUCUGGGGUCCUUCACCUGCGCUUGCAAGACCGGCUUCCGGCAACGUGGAGACGCCUGUGUCGACGUGGACGAGUGCGAGAUCAACAACGGUGGGUGCAGCUACUUGUGUGUGAAUUCUCCGGGUUCCUUCCACUGCGUCUGCCCCAAGGGCUUCAGACCUAGUGCUAGGAACCGGACGGUGUGUGAAGACGUGAACGAGUGCACGGAGAGGAACGGCGGCUGCAACAUGGACUGCGUCAACACGCCGGGCAGCUUCCUGUGUGUCUGCAGCGACGACUUCGUGCUGGACACCGACGCAAGGACCUGUCGUGAGGCGGUGUGCGGCCCUCCGCCGGCGCCCCUGGGCGGCGAGGUGCGGUGUCCGGGGCUGCCCAGCGGUCCGGGCGCGCGCUACGCGGCGGGCGCCGAGUGCCACGUGCGCUGCGGGCCGGGCUACCGACACCUGGGCACCAGCGUGCUGCGCUGCGCGCCCGCCGGCGUCUGGGAAGGCGCGCAGCCCACCUGCGUGCGCGAGCUCAGGGCUUCUGACGCACCAGCACCUUUCAUUCAGUGCCAAAAUGACGUCAGAAUUGACUUACCUCCAAAUGAGAGCUCUGUCCGUGUUCGUAUUCAGCAGCCGAAAUCUAACAUGGACUGGUGGAGGUACAUUGAUUCUGUGCCUCCUUGGGGCAAGCAGCUGGAGACGCAGCUGGGUCCUGGCAACUCAGAGGUAACGUUCAUCGCCAGAAAUCCAAUGGACAACACGACAGCGAGCUGCACCGUCAAGAUACACGUCCAAGACUUGGAGAGCCCAGUAGUGAGGACCUGUCCCCAGUCUUUCGAUGUAUUUCUGCGGCCUGGAGAGCUAUACAGGGCUGUUUCAUGGGUAGAACCGGAGUUUGAAGACAACGUCGGAAUUGAAAACAUAUAUAGAUCUAAGAGUUCAGGAGAGAAGUUCUCAAAGGGCUUACAUCAAAUUAAUUACAUAGCAACGGAUGCUGCUGGAAACAAAGCCAAGUGUCACUUCUCCAUACAUGUGAAAGGUGACGAGAUCAAUAAACCAACUCACAGAUUACGUCCACCGUACAAAAAGACGGUGAUAUGUCCCGGGAAGACGACAACUAAGAAAAUAUAUACAAUUCAUUAUCCCUGGCAGGUGCCUGCCGGCUGCUUCCUGCGCCGCACACGUGUCGUGGCCAGCACGUUCACCGUGCACACGAGGGUGCCCGCCGUCGCUACCCGCUCUGACGAUACAGAGCGCCGCAUCCGGCACCAGUCGGCGGGCGACAGGCGGCACUCGCACGCGUGGCAGCCGUGGGGCGGCGCGCUGGCGCCGCGAGAGGUGCCCGCCGGCCGCGGCUGCUGCUGA